GACAUCCCAUUGGAAAAGACAGUGUGAAGCAUUGGAGUGACGCAGCUUGGAAUUCCCACAUUUUCCGACGUUCACGACAGCAAAGCUGUCUGUGAAAUAAUACCAGGACUUAUCGAGCUAAAACGGUGAAAUUGAAGUGAAGUACGCGGGGUAAGAACAUGUCUAAUAUUACUUUGGGGGAAUUAUUUUGUGUGGUCAACGCUAUUGGAAGCGGAAGAGAGAGAGAGAGAGAGAGAGAGAAAGAGAGAGGUUAACUGUGGGAGUGAUUGCAUACUGCAGCCUUUGUUUACCAUGAAUAAGUUGUAGUUGCUGUGCUGAGCACCAAGGGGGCAAUGUCUGACAGCAGCAGCACAGGCAGCAGCCGCAGUGGAUCCUCGACCAACAGUUGGACCAUGCUGUCCCCAGAGGAAGCUGCUGAGAGCGUGGGUCCAGUGGAUGAUGGGACUGAGAGUCUUUGUGAUGUCCCUAGUCUGUCAGAGGAAGUCACAGGGGCCACUGUGGAGUCUAAGCCAAGUGACCCGGAGACUCCAGUACAAACAGUUCUGUCAGAGGAGGGCCAACAGGUCUGUACUGUUUGCCAGGAAACGACUCCUGAUAUCUGCGAGGGCCCUGUCCCCUCCGUCCCUACCCUGUUAAACCCAUCCCUGUCUAGCCAUGCAUCCCUUGACCCUGACCUGGCGAGUCAACCUGAACCCCCCAUCAUCCAUGAUAUGGUAACCAGCUCCCCCACUGACAAUGAGCAACUCGCUGCCAUGCCCUUUGUCACUCAUGUCGACCUGGUUGUGCCACUGAAUGUUCCCUUCACAGAACCACCCCCCUCAGAGGUUAAGCCUGAGUUAAGCCCCGUCCCUGAGAGCUCCACCCUUGAUACCCACACUGUUCCAGGCCCUGUACCUGAGAGUCUUGCCCUAGAAACUAGUGCCGAAUCUGACAUAAGCAUUCACACAGACUCUCUCACCCCAACGGGCCCCCAAGCUGACACUGUCACUGAUAUUGGCCCCCUCCCAGAGAGCUCUGAGGAGCCUCUAAGCCCUGACCCAGAACCCCAUGCUGCUCCAGAAAGCCCAGCCCCUGAUGGCCCUCCAGAGACCAUUGGUUCAGAGGAGGCAGCAGAAGAGCCAGCAGUGGAAAAGGAGGAGACUGAAUUGCCUGAAAAAGUGACUGAUAUACCAAAGGAAGACGAAUCUCCCAGUAGCUUUGACUUUGGAAGAGCUGACACGAGUUCUGAGGAAGGAGUUGCUCUGAGGAGGAGAUAUGUGGCACCAGAAAUGACAUCGGAAGAUGAAGAGGUGGAGUUCAAAAUGGCUGAGAGGAAAGAGAAGAGCUUCUCUAUGAACACAUGCAUUGUGUGUGCCCUUGUCCUGCUCUGUCUAGGGUCCCUCUUCCUCUCCGAUGACUCGGAUGAGCUGAGUGGGAAAGAACAAAACCAGGACUGGCUAAACGAUCCUCAGGAGAUGAAGGAGCUUUUGGAUAAACUGGCACAAGAAAAUCUGCAAAUCUCCCAGUUAGAAACACAGCUCCAGGCCCAUAAAGAGGAACUUGACUCCGUCCUAAAUGCUGGAUCCGCAAAGGGUAAUGUAAACGGAAAAGGAGAUCUGGAGCAAGAAAAUAAUAUGAAAGAAGAGCUGUCAUCCCUGCCUGGCCUGAAGGAGGAGCUGGAAACGCUGAGGGCUAGAGUGACCGAACUGUCCCAAAUCACAGAAGCCAACAAGGAAACACCCCCACCUCCCUCAAGCCCAACUCCACCCCCUACUGGCCAACCUGGGAUUAGCAACCAGAGUAGCACCACAGCAGGGCCCGAAAGGAGGAGGGAUCCGAGAGAGGGGGCCAGGGUGAAGGAAGAGCUUCAGAGGCAGAAGGUGCUUUUGGAGGAAAGCAGGAAGAGACUGGAGGGGAUGAAGAAGGAUGGUGGGUAUAAGAAGGAUGGUGGGUACCAGAAGACGGUGAGGGAGAGCCUGGCUGAGAUCCAGAAGAGGCUCAGUGAGCAGGUGGAGAAGAUGGGGAACAGGAUUGAGGGCAAGAAGAAGCCAAGGGAGAGCGGGAACAAGAGGGACGGGAAGAAAGCCAAGGACAACAGCAAGGACCACUGGAAAAAGGAGAAGAAGGAGUGGAAGGGAGAGAAAGACUGGAAACACUCCAAAGACAACAAAGACAAGAAUGAGGGCGGAUGGAAAGAGAAAGACAAGAGGAAGGACAGGGACUGGAAGGCAAACAAACAAAACUCUCAUAAAGAGGCCUGGAGGAAAUCCCAGGAUGAGUGGGAGAGAAAGAAGAAUGAGCGCAGAUUGGACAGGGAUAAAAGAAAGCAGGAGAGGCCCUGGCAGUCCAGGAAAGACUACAAGAAAGAGUCCAGUCAUCACCAUCAACAAGACUCCAACCAUCAGCAGCAACAUCACCACCACCACCAGACCCACCAGUAUGACCACACCAGCUUCUGGAAGCACCAGGAGGAGAAACUUGGACGCAACGUUCGCCCCCUGGCGGGCUGUAGCGGUGUUGAGGACUGCGCUAGCCAGGAAGGGCUCUUUCCUGUGGAACUGUCUGAAUUCGAGGAGUUGUUAGAUGGCUACCUGAGCAAGCUGGAGAGGGCUACGCCGGACAGCAAAGCCGAGAUUCAGAAGUUGGUCGGCAUGUUUUUUCAAGACGGUGUGUUUGUCCAUGACAAAGUUCUCUUCAGUGACUUCGCUGAAGAUGUGGCGGACAUUUUAGAGGACAUGGCAGACAUUUUGGAGGUUGAUGGGCAGGAUGAUGAAGCCCUGGAGGAGGCGAUGGAGGAGUUUGAGCGAGAAGCUUUGUGGAAGUUUGCAGCCACUGCAUAGAUAGAAAUAAACCAGACAAAUGGAACACCAAGAUACAGCAAUGGUAUUACAUGGUGGUUAACAGUAGGUGUUGUUGCCUUUGAAGGGCUUCCUGCAUGAGAAGGAGUGAUCUUGCAUCUUAUAAACAUGUCCCUAGCUCUGCAUCUAAUUAGCUGAAGUCAUUCUUGUCUGUUGGGAAUCCAUUGUUGCCUACCUAUGUCAUGUCUUCAAUGUCAAGUCCUACUUAUUGACAGUUGUGUGGAGUUGAUUUACCUAUAGUAUUUGGCACUUAUAAAAUGUAAUGUCACAAUUCAACAUCAAAACAUGAUCAGAUACACAGCAAUGUGAACUCUUUGCUCCCACAACUGAUUCCUGAUAAGUCUCUUCUCCGUUGUUAUGGUUAGGAUCAGAUCUAGUUGAACCGGUUCUGUAUCAGCUCUGUUAGCUUCUGUUGUAUCAGCUCUGCAAACAUACAGUGCUGUGUAGGCGCUUGGCCCUUAGUGCUUGGUUUCAUUUCACUAAUGGUCUUACCCUUUUGAGUAUAACUGUCGGUGAAAGCAGAACAUGCUGGAACAAUUUCAAGUUUUAAUGUCACAUGCACAAGUACAGUGAAAUUCCUUUCUUGCAAACUCAAUACCCCACAAUGCAAUAAUCAAUAACAAUGUAUUACUAGAAAAACACAAUAAUAGGAAAUAUGAAGUACACAAUUAAGUAAGCAUACUAUAUACAGGAAAUAUUUUAACGUUAGAUCCAAUACCAUAUUAUACAUGUGCAGGGAUACUGGAGGGAUGGAGGUAGACAUGUAUAGUGGUAUGGGGACUAGACAUCAGGAUAUAAGAAACAGAUUAGCAGCAGUGGGUGUGUAGAGUCAGUAGAAAUGUAUGUGUGAGUGAGCAAAUUAUGGAGUGAGUGUUUGUGUGUGUAGGGCCCUGUGAAUGUGCAUAGAGACAGUGCAAAUAUUGAAAUAAAAGGUCAAUAUAGAUACAAGGUAAACUCAGAUAGUCCGUGUUGCAAUUUAUCAGUCGUAUUGCUUGGGGAUAGAAGCUGUUCAAUGAGCCUGCUGAUGUCAGACUUAAUGCACCGGUACUAUUUAUCAGUCGUAUUGCUUGGGGAUAGAAGCUGUUCAAUGAGUCUGCUGAUGUCAGACUUAAUGCACCGGUACUAUCUGAACAGACAGGACGGCGGCCCAGCGCUACUGCCUCAGUCUUUUUGACACAAGCAGUAGUUCUUACUUCUUAUUCACGCUGAGACCAUGAUUGUGCUGUCCUAAUGUAGCAGGAAUCGGUUCUAAUAUAUUUCAGUGUACUAUGUUGUGCUGAGUUAGCCAUAGACUUAUACAGUAGAUGGAGUGCAAAACCGUAUUGGCAGUUUGACAGAUCUGAACUAUUGUUUUUGACACGUUUUGAUAAUUUGGAUUUUCAAUGUGCUCAGUUGCAUUUUCCUUUUGAAAGUUAUUUUGGUUAGUGUGAUUUAACCUGGAAAAUACCCAAUAACACGAUUGUUGGAUGUGUCUAUAUAAGAAAGGUUUAACUGGUGUUUUAUCAAGCAAUGCCAUUUGCAUAGAGUUUAUGCCAGAUUUGAAAGUCACACUAAGUACAAGGUUAGGAUAUUAGUACAUAUUAAAAGUCAUGGUUGGUACUUUACAAGAUAGUUGAAUCUGUACACAUUUCAGGAUGACCGUUUCCCAUGUUUUUAUGUUUAUCUGUUGUCACAAUCACUAUCAAUUACGUUAGGUGUGAAGUGUUUUGUUAUCCUGAUAUUUAAUUCAGGUUAUUCAUAGCUUAUUUGUGUGUUUUAAAGAAUCAUAAGACUAGUCCCUAAUUUUGCUUGUCCUGGCCUCAACACAUUUAUGGUUUUAACUUAAAACUAACUCUAGCUGUUCAAAUGUCAUGUGUCUGUCCCAGACAGUAUAUAUUGUGAAAGAAAUUGCUUGAAAGUCUCUAACAUUUUAUUUAGUGAAGAUUUUGUUUCUGCCAGCAAUGUGCCUUUUAUAAAUCCAUUUUCACACUUGGUUUCAGUGUUUGACAGGCAAUUAAAUUGGUUUGAUUAUGUAAGCUUAAGAAUUCAUGCUAUUUGUAAACUUGAUUGGCUAUGGUCCAGUUAUUUUAUGGUAUUUUAUGAAGAGAGAAAAUGUAGGUUACUCCAUUUGGGAAUUGAAUUAAAUAUAGUAAGUCAUCUUUGUUUUUGGUUGAAUUUAAAACCUGCAAAUGUAAAUUAAUUGUUAAUGCUUUUUGACCAAAGAAGUCUAGCUGAUGUGGAUAAAGACUUAAAAAAGCAACUUGAGAGAUUAUAAACAAACUGCAUAAGCUGAGGAAAUUAAGUUUAACUCCCAAAUGCACACAAUAAAAUGUUCAGAGUAUAUUAAAAAAAAACUAUUUUCUUUGUUGGUAUUCAUUCAAGUGGAAGAUGUAAAAUAACAUUUUGAUAAAACAAUAUAUAAUGGCCAUAUAAUUUAGGAGUCAGGACAUAUCCCAGUUUAGCAUUUAAUUGAUACAUGUAAAGAAAGUCCUGAAUCCUGUGACUUGUACAAUUUUGAGUUAAGCUGAAUGAGUAGUCUCCGCAGCCAUUUCUCCUUUAUAGUGGGUUUGUGUUGGACUUUCAAUAAAAAAAAUCAGAAUCUUGAA